CCAGCACCAGCACCAGCACCAGCAACAACAACAACAACAGAGAGGAUGUCUGCAAAUAGUGUGCAAAAUGGAGAAAUUGCUACAAUUAUAGAAAAUGGAAUAGAAGUUCAACCACAACAGCAGCAGCAGCAAUCGGGACAAGUGCAAAAGAAACAAACUCGUAAAAAAUUAAGUCAAAAAAUUCAAUGUCCUUUCCAGAUAAGGGCUAAACCACUAGGUGGUCGUUGGAUCAUAUAUAAGAUUGUUGACGAUCAUAAUCACGAAAUGGCUACUGACAUAAGAGCCUAUGCACAACAUCGAAAACUGACUGAAGAAACAAAAAAGAUGAUUAUUGAUCUCAUGCAUCUUGGCACAUCUAAUGCAAAAAUUAUGGAGCAUCUUCUACUACAAGGCAUAGAAAACGUUCUUAAAAAGGAUAUUGCUAAUUUAAGACAAGCUCAUUUUAGUAAUAAAUCAACGGCUGUUAAGCGAGAAACAAAGCUUGAAUAAUAACAAAUAGUAUUACUGCUAGCAGCAACAAAAAAAAAAAAAAAAAAAAAAA